GUGGAUAACAACAUCUUUAUAAUAGAGGAGUUGGUGAGGAAAGAAGACGAAGGAAUGUAUCAGUGUUGUGCGACCAACACGCUGGGAUCAACCUACUCCUCGGCUCAGCUGAGAAUUGUCACGAUGGCACCGAACUUUGAGAAGUACCCAUUGGAGUCCGAGACGUAUGCGGCGGAAGAGGGCAACGUGACGAUCGCCUGCCGACCCGAAGCCGCGCCCUUCCCGGAGUUCACGUGGCGCAGGGACGGCUACGCGGUGCCCACUGGCGGAAGGCUGCAGGUGCUGAACAACGGCUUUCUUCGAAUCCACCCAGUCCGCCGCGAGGACGAGGGAAACUACACGUGCACGGCCAAGAACCAGUACGGCACCGCGACCAGCGGAGGCCGCCUCAUUGUGCUGCCGCCGCCUAGGAGCCUGGAGGCCCCGCCACCAAGGCUACAGGCACACGUCGGGGGCACCGAGGAGCUCAUGUGCCAGGCGAUCGCACCCCACAUGCUCGACCUGUCCUACAUCUGGCUGCACAACGACCUGCGCCUGCACCCCCAGGACUGGCCCCAAUACGGAGUCGGUCGAAAGCCCGGCUACCUGGUCAUAUACAAUGUGACCUUUGCCGAGGCUGGCCGCUACACGUGUAUCGCCAAGACGUCCGUCGGAAAGGUGCUCGCCAACACAGAGCUGCUGGUCAUCGGUCCCCCUGGACCCCCCGGUGCAGUGCUGGGCAGCAACUUCAACGCGACUUCUGGGUUCAUCGAGUGGGCGGACGGGACCAACCACGGCAGGCCGAUCACGAGCUACGCCAUCGAGGGCCGCACCAAUCACAACGGCACCUGGAGGGAGCUUAUCAACAUCACGUACGCCGCGGAGCGCCGGAUGACCCCCGGCCGGCGCGGAGUGGAACUGGGUCCCGUGCUUUCCCCGUGGAGCAAGUACGAGUUCCGCGUCAUUGCUGGCAACGACCUCGGCGUCGGACAGCCGUCGGACCCGAGCCCCCAGUACAACACGGCGCUGGACGCCCCGUACGUGGCGCCGCGGAACGUCGGGGGCGGUGGCGGCAAGGCGGGCUCCCUCACCAUCACCUGGGAGCGUCUGUCACCAGAGGAGUGGAACUCCCCGGAGAUCUGGUACCAGGUGUACUACCGGCCGAAAGGGGACCGCAGCGAGCCCCGCAAGAAGAACCUCCGCAACCUGGGCAAUGUCGGGCUCUACGUGGUGCCAGUGGGCGAGGAGAACUACUACUUCCCCUACGAGGUGCAAGUGCAGGCGGUGAACGUGCGUGGCGAUGGCCCCAUCUCAGAUGCGGUGACAGUUUUCUCGGCGGAGGGCAUGCCCCAGGUGCAGCCGUCGGGGGUCUUUGCUCUGCCCCACAACUCAACCGCCCUCAAUGUCACAUGGACCCCCUUGGACAUCACCCGAGAGAAGAUUCGAGGAAAGCUCAUUGGACACAGGAUCAAGUACUGGAAGAGCGACUCCAACCCGGAGCUCGAUUCCCUGGUGCUGCUCAAGCGGGGCAUCGAGAACUGGGGGCUCAUCGUGGGGCUGCAGCCCAAUACGGAGUACCGGGUGGCCGUGAUGGCAUACAACGACGCGGGCUCGGGCCCCGAGAGCGAGUUCUUCGUGGCCAAGACCUUCAAGGCGGCACCCCUGAGGCCCCCGACCAGCGUCAAGGUCCGGGCGCACUCGGACACCAGCGUCAAGGUCACCUGGCGCGGCGUCCUGCCCUCCAUCGAGGAAGAGUCCAUCCAGGGCUACAAGGUCCGCUACUGGGAGGCGGAUCAGGACCUUACUUCGGCCAAGGAGGUCUAUAAGGCUCUGGAUGGAGAGGACCUGGAAGCCAUCGUUACGGGCCUGGUGCCGGGCAAGGUGUACAAGCUCCGCGUCCUUGCCUGGAGCUACGGAGGGGAUGGCAAGAUGUCGUCGCCGCCUUGGGAGUUCCGCGUCGGGGAGGGCACAUCGGCCUACACGAGUGCCACCGCGAUCCACUUGGGAAGCUUCCUGUCCUUGGGCUUCUCCUACCUGCUCACCAGAUUGUAAAGUCCGAAAGCAUUCAAAACACUGGAGAUGCCAAGGCCCAUCGCAACUCUCGAUGGAACCUGCCGUCGGCUCAGAGUCGGCGAGACGAACGCCGUGCCCGUGCUUUCACCUGCCGUUUAGAGCAUACCUGUGAUUGGGAGCCGUUGAAUCUCAAUUUGAGUUACGUAUUAGCCGGAAUACGAGACUGUUCGAGCCCCAAGAGGGACUGGACUUCUCCGCGAAUGUGAAUACGGUCAUCUUCGUCCUUAGCAAAAGAACAGAAGCCUCAUUGGUACGCUACCUCUUAGAAAUAAGGCGGCCAGUUUCUAUGAAGUCGAAUCUAUCAUAUCCCUCUCUGUAAUUUUAUGAAGGGAUUUUUAAACAUUUACAUUGUUUGCGUGGGAUCGAUGCGUGCUGCGGCGCAGCAUCGAGCUGUUGCGUCCACUUCAUCUCGUAGUUUUCGGACAUAUACUUUUCCUCGUGUAUGCUCCGUUUUAUACUUAAUAUGCAACGCUGUCAAAGCUACUGGUGCGAGCGCGUGGCUUUGUCUAUGGUUCCGUUUGUGCUAGCACGCAUGCAGAUUAUUGAGAUCGAGCCUCAUGCUUGCACCAGUAGCUUUGACAGCGUUGUACGCCAAGUGUGAAACAGAGUAGUAUCUACAGACAUACGGAGUGCAUAACCUGAAAUGUUGACGUGUGUCGCUUCAAUUAGAGUAAUUGGAGCCAAAUCCGGUUCGAUUAUUAAUGCACCAGAUGCAGAACUUUUCUCAUGUGGUUUGUCAGUGUUGUACAGUUGAAGCUCUCACCACUUGAGCUCAGUAUGCUAAGAGACGUUAGCCAAGUGGAUAUUGUCAACUCGAGGCCGACUCGGCGAUUGAGGCAGCUUUGCACACAGUUUCCGACCAUACACUGUUCAUGUUCAGCGUCUUUUUAACUAGGAAACUCUCAGCAGGCAACUGCAAGAGGAAGUGUGGAUUUUUUUCUACCGCGACUCGAUCGUGCACUGCCACUUCCUAGGGCGAAUUCGAAUGGUCAGUUUGGAGUGCUUAUUUUUUUAUUGAGCUAAGUGCUUUAAGCCGAUUGUUUGAUUUUUCCGUCACCUUUUCGACGUGUCAUUGCGAUCUAGCUCUACGAUGGCAGAGAAGGCUAUUCUCGUUGAGGGGACGUGUUGGUUAGUGACGGGCGAACGGUUGUUGGGGCUUCCAGCCGUCGUUGGAAGCUUUGGUGCCACGUUUGAAGGUGUGUCGGUUGUGGAGCGUUUCUC